AUGGUUGACGCCAAUCAGUGCUGGGACGUCAAGGAGGCGAUUUACUGGAUGAAGGAGCUAUCCGACUACCGAAUCCACUGGAUCGAGGAACCAACGUCGCCGGACGACAUUCUGGGUCACGCCACCAUUUCGAAGGCGCUCGCUCCGUUGGGCAUCGGAGUGGCUACGGGGGAGCAGUGCCAGAACCGGGUCAUGUUCAAGCAGUUCCUCCAGGCGGGGGCUCUGCAGUUCUGCCAGAUCGACAGCUGUCGCCUCGGAGGCGUCAACGAGAACCUCGCCGUUAUCCUCAUGGCCGAAAAGUGCAAAGUUCCCGUGUGCCCGCACGCCGGAGGCGUCGGCCUGUGCGAGCUUGUGCAGCACCUUUCCUUCUGGGACUACAUUUCUGUGUCUGGCACGAUGGACAACAGGGAAAUGGAAUAUGUCAACCAGCUGCACGAGCACUUCAAGACACCAGUGAUCGUGAAGAAUGGCCGAUAUAUGCCACCCCAUGCUCCUGGGUACAGUUGCGAGAUGCUCCCUUCGUCCAUCGAAAAGUUCAGGUUUCCUGACGGCUCCUUCUGGAAGGAGUCUGCAAACUUUAAGGGUGUCUUUUAGGUCCCUGUCCUAGACACCCUUAGGGCCAGCUGCUUGAGCAAACAUUGGUGAUUGAAGAACUUGAGAGCAUGCCAGCAUCGAAGUUCAAGGAUAAAUUUUCUGGGUUUU